GUCCGUGUCAGUUGGAUAUUGGUGCUAGAUCAAUAUCCAUAUUUCUUUAAUAAAUCAGCACACCAAAGAAUGGCCUUCUUUUUGCCACUGUAUAGUGCUAUGUUUCCAAAGUGACUUUCAAUGGAAUGUGUUAAGGCAAAUUAAUUGCUGCUUGUAGAUGGGAACAAACUUCCAAAUCCUUCACGUUCUCCGGCAAUCGCUAUUAAUUUGAGAAGUUUGCAAAUGUUGGAAACUCCUUCAGUUGUGCAAUGAGAAGUAAAGCCUUUAAGAAUUGAGGAUUCUUAAAUGCCCUGAUCCCGCAGAGGAGGGCAGGGUUUGCUGGUGGUUUGAGCUGUUCCUAAAGAUCCUGUCGGGCUGUCUUAGACACUUGGAGCCAGGGAUUCCUUCCAAGCUGGGCCAUUUUGGGGGGGCUGGGGGCAGCCCCAGGGCAGGUGACAGUGUGUGCAAGGUCCCUUUGUGACACGCUGCAGCAUGGUCAGCCUGGAAUGGAACAGGACAGGGUGUCCAAGGGCCCUCCCUUUGUGACACGUGGUGACAUAGGAGCUGGCGGUGACAAGAGCACGCCACAGUGCUUGGUGCACGCAUCAGGACAGGACAGAACUGAGUAGUGCUGUGAGGAGCCCCCCCACAGCGUGCUCAUUUGUGUCUGACCCAGCAAUUUUCCAAGGCGUUAUUCCUGCAGCUGACCUCGCGGCCAGACUGUGGGACUUGGUGAUCAGAAUCAUUUACGAGGAGUCUCCUGUCAUUGUGGCAGGAGCCCUCCAGACCACAGUGCAGGACUUGCUGUCCUGCAGCCUUCCUGAGGCUCCUCUGUCUCAGGUGUCUUCAAGGGUCAACUGCAACUGUUGACUUGGAUAUAUCCUGAGGCAUCUCUCUAGAAGGUGCCUUCAAGGCUAGCUGGUGGAAUGGCGGGCAGAUUUCUCAGCCUGUGCAAAGUGUUCAGAAGGGGAAAAAAGAAAGGCCCUGGAGCUGCCCCAGCACAACAGCCUGAAGAGCCAGAGCAGAUCCAGACACUGCAGGAUGAUGCAGCCCUGGGCCGGACACAAGAGCGGGAACCCACCCGUGGCCGCUUCCACAGAACCCUGAAGAUGUUCCGGAGGUUCCUGCGCAUUCGGCGUAGAAAGACCUCAGUGAAUGAGGAUGUGGCCAUCACAAGCACCAAAACGAGGGAGACUCAGGGCCUCACAAAUACUGGUACCACGCCUGCUCCAACUAUGAUUCCUGCUCCCACUAUGGAUUUUUUCAAAGAGACUGCUGUUCCUCCUCAGCAGCGGGUGCCAGCCAAGGUGAAGGACAUCCACCAGAGUCUCCUGUCCCACGUCUCUGCGGAUGCCAGGCUGCAAAGGGACAUUGUGAGGCUGGCUGAAGAACACCCUGCUGACGUGGUGCUGACCCUCCUGCGCUGUGCCCCAACAUGUGACAGAGCAGCUGCAAUGAUGUGGAGAGCCAUAGCCUCAUCGGGACCAGCAGUGGAGAAAGUGCUGCCAACACUGCUCUGUGUGAUGGAGGACUGGCCACAGCACAGAAUGUGCACCUCCGAUGGGGACAACGAGGCUGUUUUUGCCCUGGCUGCAACUCUGGUGAUCUGGGUGAUUGUGCCUGUGUACAACAAGGCGAUGAUCCCUUUUACUGGGCGAUUGUUUGUGGCUCUGCUCUUCCAUGUUGCCAUCGCCACACAGCAGAUGCCACCAGAGGAAGUUGCUAACUUCUGGAGAGCGUGCCGGGAGGAACAACGCCUUCCCAGCAAGCCCAACAGAUUUGCAGUGCAGGCCAUGAAGGCUCUGCUCUACCGACUGCCGUGUGACAAGGUGGUGAUGGCUAUGGAGCGCAAGCGUGGCUGGGACACGCUGCUGCGUGCUCACACCCAGCACUAUGCCGUGGGUCUGCUGGCCAGGGAGAUGCGCCGUGUCUCGAUCCUUUUCUGUUCUUGCAUCGCACCCCACGUGCUCUGGCACCUCAGCAGGGAGGAGCCAUGCUGGGAUCUGCCUGCCCUGGCAUUCCUUGUGGAGGUCCUGGAUUGCCUGGACUUGAGUAAAUGUUGUGGCAGCGUCCUGAACAUCAUGUCAAGGCACCUCCAGAGUGAAUGCAGUCAGAGGCGUCGCCUGGCACUCAGAGGCCUCGUGCUGCUCAGCAAGGAUCUCUUGAUGGCCGGAAGGAUGUGCAGUCUGUCUUGCAGCCUUCUGGAGCUGCUGAGGGAUGCAGAUGGAGAGGUGGUCAGCAUGAGCCUCCGUGUGCUCACGAAUGUGCUCCCGCACCAUGGCAUCUUGCUAUCCGGUACCACUGCCCCAAAGCUGGCUGAGGUGCUCCUGCUGCUCUUUGACCAUGACAACAGCCACGUGCAGUUGCUCUGCAUUCAGCUCUUCUGUAAGCUGAUGGAAUUGGUAGCGGAUGAGGGGAAAAAGCCCCUGAAGACGAUUGUGAUCAAGAGCCUGUACACACUUUUAAUCUACUGCCAUGAUGACAACUGGCACGUGGCAAAGGCCUCUCGGGAAAUGCUGCAUUGUGCAGCCAAGUUCCUGAUGAGGAGAGAUCUUGAACAGCUGGUGGAGAAGGAGCAGCUGUCAAAGUUUGUCAAGUGCCUGCUGGCAGAGGACAGGAUCCGAGCGGCCGAGCACCUGCGCCGGGCCCUGCCCUACCUGGAGAGCCCAGAGGAGCCCCUGCGAGAGGCGGCCCUCAGCUUCAUGGGGAUGGACGAGUUUCCCAUGAUGAGGGGGCAGCAGGAAGAGCUCCACGGCCUCAGUCAGGGCGCUCCAGGCAGAGCUGACGCUGGGCACAAUUCUUGUGGCUUCAGCCCUCUCCCUGCCUCUACAUAGCUCCCUCCCUCUAGAUAGCUCCCUCCCUCCAGCCCUCAGACACUGUCCGUCCCCUUUUUUCCCUCCACUCUUCCUGUCUUUUGACAGCUCCAUUCCUCUAGCCCUCAGACCCUGCCCAUUCCCUAUUUUUACCUCCCUGCUCAUCCCUUUGUUUCAUCUUCCAUUAAUAAAGAGUUUGGCUUUUUCA